AUUGACCAAGAGGAAGCACGUUUGGUGAUGACACAAUCUUGUUGCUGUAGUCAUUCAUCGAAGGGAAACUCCCACAGGAAAAGGCAUAAAGCUGCCCGGGGAAGGCUAAGGAACUGCUCAGUGCUGCUCAAACACUGAGGCAGAGUCACAACAGAGCUAAACAUGAGCACCAGCCAAGGCCCUUUGCAGUUCUUUCCUGGGUCCCUCAGGGGUAGCUCAGGGUGUGGGUUGGCCCCGCCAGGACCUUCCUACAGAGCCGCGGGUGCAGACGCUGGUGCCAGCAGCACCCAUCCGUUCUCCUCUGCCAGACCCCUCUGGCUGCCUGCUGGAGGAGGGGCAGCCUGGGCAGGCUUCGGCGAGCAGCAUGGGGAAAGCAUCUUCCUGGGUGGGAAUGAGAAGCAGACCAUGCAGAACCUGAAUGACCGUUUGGCUGCCUACCUGGACAAGGUCCGUGCCCUGGAAGCAGCCAACGCUCAGCUGGAGAGCUGCAUCCUAGAGUGGCACAAGACAAAGUCCCACGGCAAGAGGCAGGACUUCAGCCAGUACGAGCAGCACGUCACUGACAUGCAAAGACAGAUUGAGGACAGCAAAAUCACCAACGCCAGCAUCCUGCUGCAGAUCGACAACGCCAGCAUGGCCUCGGAAGACUUCAGGCUCAAGUACGAGGCAGAGCGAGCUCGCAGGCAGGGGGUGCAGCUGGACGUGGAGAACCUGCGCAAGGAGCUGGAUGGGCUGACCAUAGUGACCACAGACCUGGAGAUGGAGAUCGAGGGCCUGAGAGAAGAGCACAUCCUGAGGAGGAAAGACCACGAGGAGGACAUGGAAGCAAAUCGCUCACCACAGGACCUCAGAGUGGAUGUCAGGGUGAAAGCUGCACCCCCUGAGGACCUGGCCAAGAUUCUGGCUGCAAUAAGGGAAGAUUACGAAGCCAUCAUCGAGCAGAAUCGGCAGAGCCUGGACAGCUGGUACAGAGAGCAGAGCUCAGCCACGACCCUGGCAGCAAGCCCUAACCCAGAGCAGAUGCAGCACAAUGAGCAGGAGAUCAAGGAGCUGAAGCGCACCUGGCAGGCGCUGGACAUCGAGCUGCAGGCACAGCUCAGCAAGAAGCAGAUGCUGGAGGACAGCUUGGCCGCCACACGCAGCUCCUACGCCGCUGCGCUGCAGGACAUGCAGCGAAUCAUCUCCAGGUGUGAGGAGGAGCUGGGGCAGCUCCGCCACGACAUCAAGCAGCAGAACAACCAGUACAAGGUCCUGCUGGGCAUCAAAAUCAGGCUGGAGAAGGAGAUUUCCACCUACCGCCUGCUGCUGGAGGGGAAGGCUGAUGGGAUAGCAAGAAAAUCUGAAUCAAAAGCUAAAGGGCCUGCUGGGCUGCCCAACAGGAAGAUCAAAGCCAUUGUCCAUGACAGUGUGGACGGGCAGGUGGUGGCCUCCACCAUCAAUGAGCUCCACCAGCAGGCUUGAGGCACAGACUGCUGCUGGCUACUGGGCUGUGCUGAGCUCCGAGACCCUCCUGUGCAACUCCCUGCUGUAAGACAGGAUGCUGGAGUCAGCUCUCUCCUCAAUGAUUCACAGCCCAGCACUGAGAAGUGCCUGGCAGAGCUGGGUGCAGCUCGUACUGGUAGGUUCAAGGGCUGGUAGCCAUCAGAGUGGCAGAGAGAAGCUGCUGGCUGAAGGUGGCUGGAGGAGCAGGGCAGACAUGUCCUGUGCACACCCCCUGGGGCAUGGAUCUCUGCCUGUGGCUCGCUCACAGCUCUGCACAUUAACUCUCAUUUAAGGGGAAUAACCUCUCAGCUUUUCUCCUGGCCUUGUGUAUCCCAUCACAGACCUCACUGCAGCCAAUAAAUCCUUUUCCAUCACCUUUGCUGGUC